CGUCUCCCACUCCGAGCUUCCACUUUCCCACUUACAUCUCAUCUCCUAGCAACCGUCCGUCCAUUGAUCGCCCGCGUUUCCCGUCGCAUAACAAUCAUCACUCAACUCCAACAUACAUUACUAUCGCAACUUACUCUUGAAUAUAAUACCACCUAUUUAUAUUAAAUUUAUACAACUAUUUACGCAACUAUUAUUUUCUAGCUACACGGCGCGCAUCGCAUUCCAGCUACAGUCGCAUUCGAAAUCUCGCAACAUAUUCCGCUUGGAGCAACGUCUCGGCACGCGCUAUCACAACACAAACAACACCAAAGCAACACUUCGAAUAGGUCGUCGUAAAAAUGUUGAUGCCGUCAGCACUCUCGUGCGACUCGUCGCACCCGCCUGUUACCAGGCUUCAGUCUGCUCUUUUCGCGUCGCCACCCGCUAGUCCCCCAACGAGCGCGCACAACAGCACGCUUGGAAACAUUUUCCAGUCAUGCCGCGCGCUCCAAUCUAUGCUUACAGCACCCGCAACAAUUCCCUCAAAUGACAACAUCAACGCGCGCCGGGAUCCGCUACCUACACCGCCAAUGGCCCACACCGCUCUUCCUCCUCUAAAACUACGCCUGCGAUCGCGCAAAACAGACACCAAUGGGGAAGUUCUCCCUAGGAAGAGGGUCGUAAAGAGAUCAGCAGCACCACCCCGCGGCGCCAAUAAGCGACGCCGCGCUGUUGAGGAUGACAUGGGUCGGGAUGAGGAAAUGGACAGCGACCUAGAAAUAAGUGGUUCGGAGAACGAAGAAUCAAGCGCCCGACCUAGCACGCCAAAACGCGCCCGCCUCGCGCCGGAAGUAAUACCACUGGGUCUAGGGCGGAGAGACUUCCACAGUUUACAAUCUGCCAAGGACGAAGAGAGUAUGGUAGAAGGCACAGAAGUGGAGGUAGAAGCGGAUGGCGAGCGGUGGAGCAAAGAAGACGACCGGAUACUAGUCGAGCUUGUCCUGGAGAAGCUCAAACUCUCCAAGACAGACUGGCAGGACUGCGCGCGGAGUCUGGGCAAAGACCGGGGUAGCAUCGGGCGGAGGUGGAGGAGUCUGAUGAUCAACGGGGACGUCGGGCUCAAGUCGUCGAGGAGUCGGCGAAGCAAACUACACAGCACCUGGAGGUGAAGUCCACGUGCUCUAUCCAUUCAUUCACAUAUCUAUUUUGUUUUCUAUCUAAUAAUCAUUCUCCUGGAUCUCGGGAACCGAGUCCUAGCUGUACUUUGGACAGAUAUUGUGGUGCAAAACGGAAAGGCUAGGCGCUUUAGAGUACUGGAUACCUGGACAAGAUAUCCCAUAUCGCGCGAAAUGCGCUUGAUAGGUCGGCGGUAAUUGUCGGUUAUACUUUUUUAGAUAUCAACUAUUGUUGAAAUACAAUGAUCCUUGCCUCUUAUCA